UUGAAAUAUAAAGGUGAACACAUUUUAUGGGGAAAUUAUUUAUAUAAUGCUGCCAAGUGUAUUGGAGAAUACUUUUACAACAAUCAACAUUUGGUAAAGGACAAGAGUGUUGUUGAAUUGGGAGCUGCUGGUGGUUUGCCAGCUCUAGUUUGUGGAAAAUUGGGAUCUUCUAAAGUAGUAAUUACAGAUAUUGAUCAUGGAGAUUUGAUUCCAAAUUUGGCUGUGAAUGUGGAAUUAAAUUUUGAUAAGGAAGAUAAACGAGUUCAAGUGAGAGGUCAUGCUUGGGGUGAGAAAUUGGACGAAACUUUUGCAGGUGAAAAGCAUACCUAUGAUGUUUUAAUUUUGAGUGAUGUUUUAUUUAAUCAUGUUUGUCAUUAUCAAUUAUUGGACAGUUGUGAUUAUUUAUCUCAUGAAAAUUCUAUUAUUUAUGUGAGCUAUACUCAUCACAGACCUUGGCUUAUUAAGGAAGAUUUGGAAUUUUUCACACGGGCCAAAGAAAGAGGCUACAUGGUUGAACCAGUUUUUGAUAGAAAGUAUCCACCAAUGUUUGAAAAUGAUCCAGGUGACGUCGAGGAACGAUCAACAGUUCACGUUCAAAUAAUGAAACAUGAU